AUGAGCUCUAGCACCACAUCGACCUACUGGCGCAUCGGUGCGCUGUACGGCGCUGCCGGCGUUUGCCUCGGAGCCUUCGGUGCUCACGGGCUCAAGUCACGCAUCUCGGACCCUGCCAAGAUCGCGAGCUGGGGCACCGCAGCGCAGUACCAGAUCAUCCACUCUGUCGCCUUGCUCGUUGCUCGCGACAACCCCGUCGCAGCUGGGCUUUUCUUCGCUGGCAUCAACUUGUUCUCAGGCAGCAUAUAUGCACUGAUCAUGGACCCUCGCUUCAAGUUCCUUGGACCCGUCACGCCGCUGGGUGGUCUAUGUCUUAUUGGCGGCUGGCUAGCGUUGGCUUUUGGCAAGCCUUCUGUUGCUGCUGGCGAUCUGAGGCUGUAG